CGAUAUAAAGCCCGCGCUACUUGUAGUUUAUAUCAUUGCUGUACGCUUGGCGAGCAACCAUCAUAUUUUGGAGGAAAAACAACUCAGUAACGAUGCUGGCGCUGGCCGUAUAUCUUAUGUUGGGAAUUUUAGUUCAGCUCUCGUCUGCUGCCCAAGUCGGCGAAUGUGACCCGAACCGGAGCACAAACCAAUACCUACGGGACGACAGCAACCGGUGUUACUUCUACCAGUGCGAAUUCCAAAACUCUCCCCAUCUGCGGGCCAGGCGCAUCAAGUGCCCCAGUCACUAUGUUGUCCCUACCAACUAUGGGGUAGGGAUCCCAGAUACACUCAAUCCUUGCCGCCAUAAGUCCUACAACAAAUGGGAGUGCGAGGAGAGCGGGUCGUGGUCCCAGUGGAGCAGCUGGUCACGCUGUUCGGCCACCUGUGGAAAGGGGAGACAGGGACGGACUAGACAGUGUCGGGGACCGUCGGGGGUAAUGUGUCCCGGACUUCUUAGGGAAGACCGUGAUUGCAUGAUAAGGCCUUGUUAUGGUGAGUACGUUGAAAAGGACUUCGGCUAAGAUGGACAACAAAUGGUACUAACAAGAUGGAUAAUGGACCCAAAUUUGAUUUUUAUUGAUUCCAAAGCAUACACUGUAGCUCUGUUACAGAUACCUCGCUUAUACUGCAUUAUAAAAUGUUCUUAACUUUGGAUACCAACAUGUAUGGUCUGAUCUUGCACUUACUGAUUUCUUGAAUUAUGAAAUUAUCGAUUUUAAAACUUAGUUUCACCACAACAUUUAUGCUGUCGAAAUGCUUUUCAUUCUAGAUAUAUUUUUAACCAUAAGAUGCACAUAAAAUUUAAAAAUAAACGUAUGCCAUAUAGCAUCUUCAAGCA